UGAAAUCCUGCACUACGAGCCCAUCACGCUGGCCGCCGACAUGUGGUCCGCGGGCGUGACGGCGUACGUGCUGCUGACGGGCUUCUCGCCCUUCGGCGGCGAGACGGACCAGGAGACGUUCUGCAACGUGGCGCGCGCGCAGCUCGACUUCCCCGAGGAGCUGUUCGACGGCGUCUCGGCGCACGCCACGGCCUUCGUGCGCGCGCUGCUCGAGCGCGACCCCAGCGCGCGGCCGAGCGCGGCGGAGGGCCUGCGGCACCCGUGGCUGCAGGGCACGCGGCAAGGGCGCGGCGCGGCGGGGCGGCGGCGGGGGCGGGGGCGGAGGCGCGGGGGCGGGGGCAGGCGGCAAGCGCGAGCUGGCCGCUUCCUGUCAAGUCGCGGGAGGCGCUGGCGGAGCGCUGGCUGGCCGGGCGGAGCGGGGCGCUGCGGCGCGCGGCCCCUCUCGCAGAGC